GUCACAUGAAGUCAUUCGUUUUUUGAGUUUAUCCAUUCCUGUACACAGGUUUGGUAAAUAAAUAUAUCGGUCUGUCGACGUUAGCUAAGUUAUACUUAUACAACGAUUGCGUCAUCAACGGCAAUCAUUUCAAUUUCCCUCUCUGAAACACGCUGUUCUAUUAUUGUUUUUUUUGUAUUUUUUCUGUCGUCAUGUCAAACGCACAGAUGGCGAGAAGCUUGUUUCGACUACUGAAGGGCUGUAAGAACCUUGCUUCAACCCCAUCCGAGUAUCCUCAACCAUCCGCCUGCCUUCCAUUCACAAGCAGCAUUGUACGCACUAUGGUGGGUCUGCCCUUCUCUUUUUCUUUCAAGCCUCGGGACUUCAGUCUGCCAAAUUCCUCGUGGAGUGCAGAAAUGAUGCGCCUGUACGACUACUACAACAGUCUGUGUGAGGUGGAGACUGAAACCGGGGAGAAACAGAGGGGACCUUGGAGGAGAUUACCCAGCUACAAUCGCACCCUCAAGUAUGCUACAGGUGGCGCCUAUCUAAGUAAAUUAAUCCAGUCCAAAAAUCGUCUCUUUACCCGCAGCAUAAAAACCACAGGGGCUGCCUUUGAGUAUGUUGUUUUUCUUAACAAAGAAGAGCAGAGGACCGUCUGCAUUUUUCAGGCUGGAUACCUGCUGGAGGGGCCUCCAGGACAUGUCCACGGGGGGGCAAUCGCCACCAUGAUUGAUGCUGUGACAGGGACUCAUGCGGCAUACGACUCUGGACCAUUGAUGACUGCCAACCUUAACAUCGAUUACCGCAGCCCAAUCACACUGGGAAGUACGGUGUUAAUCGAAUCCUCCCUGGAUAAGAGGGAAGGCAGAAAGACCUUUAUUUCCUGUAAAGUGACCAGCCCCGAUGGCUCCAAGCUGCACACAGAGGCGAAAGUCCUGUUCCUGUCAAUCAAUGUCAGCCAUUUACUGGGAAUGUAACACAAAUCUAAAACAGUAUUUCAACAAGCUGAGGCCUUGGUCGUGUCUCUUGGGACUUCUUGUGAAAAAUUAGAUUUUUUUUGUGUGUUUUAUCUAAUUUAUUUUAGAGAUAAACUUUUCUACAGUGGAACCUCCACAGUCGAACCCAAGCCGUCGUGUGCACUGGAUGCAAAGGAAAUGAAUCUGUUUUGGGGUCUAACUGUUACCAUUUUACCGUCGGCCCCUGACCAACUGCAGCCGAAUAAGCACGGUCUGGGGACGAGGCUGCCAAAUUUACUAUGCUGCCAAAUUCAUUGUGUAUUAGGGAUGUCCCGAUCUGAUUUUCAGGAUCGGAAUUGGCUGCCGAUCUGCUGCAUUUUGAAGAUCAGAUAAUAUCAGCUUCCGCCAUGAGAUCCGGCUGCCGUAUAAACGUCCGUAACUCCGGGGCACACUCCAACAUGGCAGGUGCGGUAAUGCGCCUCAACUCACCACUUGACUCCUGCUGCCCACAACAAGAAGGAAACGCUACACCACCAUGCAGACAUGCCCCGCAUACCGUGGUGAAGUUAGUUUCACGUUGGACGUUGGAUAUUCCUCUCUUUAGCUGCAGCGAUAGUUCCCCGUCACUGUGCCCGGGCUGCUGUGUCAUUGUGCAGGGAGCUCGCACGGGAAGCAGUGGCGGAGCUACGUGGUGGCCGUGGCCACCCCACUGGCCAUCUAAGGGGUCACCAACGUUUUUCCUUGUGAGAGCUAUUUUUACAAAAUGAAAAUGGCCAAGAGCUACUCACUUUUGUAACAUUUAUUUUCAGAGCUUAUUUUAAACCCAAACAAAGCGAAUAUGCUUGUUUUACCAGAACAUGAACAAAAUGCUGGUGUCCACAACUCACAUUUUGUAUUUCAGAAUGCAUUUCUUUCUACUGUUCUUUCAUUAUUAACUGAAAACCUGAAUGAAAAGCAGGCUUGCGGGCACCUCAUGUGGUGGUGGGGGGCUACCUGGUGCCCACGGGCACCACGUUGGUGACCCCUGAUCUAGACAUUUCAGGUAUCAAUUUAUUGCCACCCCUAUGUGAGUAGUGGUCUCACCUUGGCCAUCCCAAUGAAAAAUGUCUGGCUCGGCCACUAACGGGAAGUGCUGCUCUAACCACUGGUUGUUUAUACUAGGGACUAUUGCCUUGAAGAGAGUUUGUUAAAAAAAAAAAAAAACAACCUCAUAUAGUGUAAAUCACAGGACAAAUUGCUCUACAACCAUGUCAGGUGAUUAGUCCUACCCAAAAAGUAUUUUGCACGCCCAUUUUUUCCAAUUUUAUCUUUUAUUUGAUGGACUUUUAUUGGGUUUUUUUUCAAUUCCACAAAUGCAUGUUUGUAACAAAAGCUUACUAUUCGUUUUUUUUUUUUUUUUCAGGAUUGUAUCGGAUCGGAUUGGCAAGACUAUAAAAAAAAAUAAAAAUCGGAUCAGAUCGGAAGCUAAAAAAUGUGGACAUCCCGACUACAGUAUGUAUACAAACUUGAGAUUUAUGGAGAAUCAUUAGAAAAGAUGUACUCCGGUGCCCCCACUGUGAUCCAGUAUGGUUUAAAUGCCCCUAAAGUGAGCACGAUGGAUCCCCUGGCCAUGAUAUAAUAAAACUUGAGUAAAGUAAAGCUACUCACCUGACAGGUACAGGGCGGAGAGGGAACCUAGUGGUGGUUUAUUGUUGAUUAUUGCUGGAAUUUAGUUAAAGCCUUAUGAUAUGUCACUCAUUGCAUAGCUCGUGUUGUACUGAGCAGCCAGACCUCCAAUGUCACACAAUAGGUGACAUUUCUGGUUCUACGGUUAUAAUCACACUUUUUUUUUUUUGCACACCGCUGGUCCAUUUCUGUGGUGACGUCACAAAAAAGACAAAAACUCUGGAGUUUAGUAGCUUUUAGAUGCUCGCUGAGAUGAGGUCGGACAAGAUUUGCUGACGCGUCAUGACGUCACGUGUGGUGGAUGACAUUUUUUCCCAGAAAAUUGGGGUUGUACCGCUUUUGGGUCUUUCGACUUUGGAUUUUCCACAGUAAUUAGUGCCUCUUUAUCUUACCGAUUUAAUGAAGAUGAUAGGUCUUACUUGACUACCUCAUGAUAUACUGACACCAACAUCACACAUUUUAAAAUGAUUUUUAGCGUAAAGUCACACAUAUUGAGAGCCGUAACACAGGCUUUGAAAUGAUACCUUACGGUACGUUUUCUUCUCCACAAUAAAGCGCUCAUGUUGGGUAUUUUACAUACUCAAAACUUGAUUUGCUGGUGUGUGAAUGAUGUAUGACUUUCUGAAAAAACAACAAAACACCUCAACAAUUUGGAAUGUUUCGGGAGUAAUGAUCAAAGCCACAGGUGGUCUUAAAAUGAGUCGUGUUUCAAAGUAUCAAGGACAGGCAAAUGUGUCGCCAAGACGCUCCAGUCUAAAUAUGUAUCAAAUGAAACGCAACUUUGACGUCAAUGAAGAAACUCUCAUUUAUCAGACGCGGUGGCUGUUCUUCAGCCCCCUCCCACUUGCUAUUGCGCAAUUAUCAGCUUACAGUGCUGACACUGCGCACGCUUUAGGUGCAUGCACUUGUGUGGUUUUUCUGUUGGAGGGCCUCUUUAACCUCAGUUGGAAAAGCUACCUUGCUAUCUAACGUAUUUGCGGUGUGUGUGUGUGUGUGUGUCAAGAGUCGUGGCCAAGGUCAGGCAAGGGUGUUGUCAGUUAAAACUAUUGCACAAAAACAAAACAUGACUGUGUCCCACAUACACUUCACAAUAAUUGAAUAAAAGGACAUCCUGGGCUUUCCAGGUACAUGCGAUUUAUUGGGGUUGGUCUUAUUAAAUAGAAGAUCUGCAUUCCAUACCAUACCAGCAUGUUUUAUGGGCACAAGAUAUUAUUGAAUCUAUGGAAAAGGGUGGAGUUCCGUCUACGGGUCGGGAGGAGUUUAAGUACCUCAGGGUUCACGAGUGAGGGAAGGAUGGAACGUGAAAUCGACAGGCGGAUUGGUGCGGCAUCUGCAGUGAUGCGGACUCUGCCUCGGUCCUUUGUGGUGAAGAGAGAGCCGAGCCAAAAGGCAAAGCUCUCAAUUUACCGGCCGAUCUGCAUUCCUACCCUCACCUAUGGCCAUGAGCUUUGGGUAGUGACUGAAAGGACAAGAUCGUGGGCACGAGAAUCCGAAUUGCAUUUCUCCCUUAGAGAUAAGGUGAGAAGUACUGUCAAUCCGGGAGAAACUCAAGAGUAGAACCACUGCUUCUCUGCAUUGAGAGGAGCCAGAUGAGGUGGCUCGGGCAUCUGGUCAGGAUGCCUCCCAGUUCAGGGCAUGUCCGACCGGUGGGAGGCCUCGGGGAAGACCCAGGACACUCAACUGGCUUCUCAGGAUCUGGUGGGAGGCCUCGGGGAAGACCCAGGACACUCAACUGGCUUCUCAGGAUCUGCCGGAAGCAGCUGGACGAAGUAGCCGGGAAGAGGGAAGUCUGGGCUAGAUAAGCGGAAGAAGGAUGAUGGAUGUUCAAUAGUUUGAGGUGGUUUUUCGUUUGAGAUACUGAAAACAACAUAUAUUUCCACUGUUCUCUGUGGAGGACAUGAGGACUUACUGCAUUUUUGUUAAAAACGAUGACGGUUGAUGCAACAAACGCAUCAAGGUGCAAAAAUGCAUGUGUGUACUGCUAACCGUAACCCCGCCAUUCGUUUGGCUGAAAACGUGUGGCAUGUAAUUAACAAAGUGCCAAAACUCAGAAAAGUUCAAGUUCCAUAACUGUUUUCAACGGCAUUUUUUUGUCUUUACUGUUAAAGGAAAAAAAUGCUGCCAAUCAUCCACAGUACUUGUUAGACGACAACACACACGUCUUUCCCUUUUCUGUGCGCUCAAAAUUGUGUAAAACUGUCAGCAUGAGGCAGCUAACAAUGCACGUAAUGGGUUUCCUCUAUUUCGCCUUUAAAGCUCUCUCAAAAAACUUCCAAAAGCCGCCAACAACGCUCCAUUUACAUACGUGACAUGCAUAUUUACCAAGCUGUAGCAACAUUGUUAUCGUAACAGACAACACAGAGGAACUAUUUUGCCGACUGUGUAUAUAGCUGUGCACCAUGUGCUCCAUGUAUCACAGUAUCAUGUUGACUUACUCGAUGGACAGUUGACCGUCUGGUCCAGCUGGCCUGGGGCGUCAUUUCCUGUCGAUUUUGGGUAGGUGGAAAAAGGGGUUUGUUCUUUGUUUGUGAUGCAGUCUAUUGGCCUCCUCGCCAGAUACACAGAUGUACUUCCUCACUGGCCCAUUGCCAGGCAGACCGCUGCCAUUGCAUAAGAGGCGGUGACGUAACUCAGACCAGCGCGCUUGGAGGUACCGGAGCCCGGAGGAGGACGAGGCGGGGGACUUGCCCAGGGGACGCCGGUCCAGC